CCUCAAAUUGCAUAAACCCAAUUUAUUAUUGCGGAAACCAAUUUGUCCUAGUUCUUAGCUUUCUCUCGUUUCUCAUACAUUUCUUUCAAAUCACUCUUAUAAUUAUGCUUAUGACAUUUUCCUAAUGCAAGUCCGUUUCUGCUACUUUGAAGCUUUUCUCUAUAGGGAAUUAGGCCAUGUCUUAUGUAUCCCGAAAUCAACCAAAUAAUUUUGAAUUACAAAAUCUGGCGCUUUGAAUCCCCACGCACUACACUCAUGCGUAACUCCUCUAACGGAAAUGUGCGUAAGCUGCAUCAUUUAUGUAUUUAUAUCAUAAAUUAAUGUCUACGACUCGAGUAGUUUAAUUCAAGCAGUCAUUACGCCAACGCAUGGGCAUAAUUAACAUGGAAAUAUCACCGUAUUACCAAAAAUGUUACUUUUGCAGAAUGGAGGUAGUAAUAAAAAUAGGAUUUUGGAACGUUGGAGACGUAGGAAUCAUGUCUGGACAACAUUAUUGUCUGAGGUGGAACAAUUACCAAAGUAAUAUGACCUCCGUAUUCCACCAGCUUUUACAAAACGAAGCAUUCGUGGAUGUUACAUUAGCUUGUAAGGACUUAUCUCUAAAAGCACAUAAAGUGGUUCUUUCUGCAUGUUCCUCAUACUUUCAAAAACUGUUGUUAGAAAAUCCCUGCAAACACCCAACGAUUAUAAUGCCGCAAGAUGUGUGCUACGACGAUCUCAAAUUUAUCAUCGAAUUCGUAUACAAAGGAGAAAUCGACGUUUCUCAAGCAGAAUUACAGUCCCUCCUAAAAACAGCAGACCAACUGAAAAUUAAGGGCCUCUGCGAAUCUGAAGAUAAGGAGAGUUCAGCUUUACCUCUUUUUAUACCUAGAAGUUUUCCAAAAAUUACUAAGGUACCUUCUCCAAUAAACUACAGGCAUUUAGAUAAUAACAAGAGGCAUAGUAUUCAAGAAUUUGAUGCAAGUAAUUUCUCAGAUAGGAACGAAAAUGUUAAGGGAUCUAUGCUAGAGGAACAUGGUUCUGAUUAUGAUAGUGAUGCUCCUUUAGUUGUUGAUGAGGGACCAAAACGGAAAAAAUUGACGCAAUCGCAUUCAACACCUAUUAACAUGAGCAGUCAUGGCCUGUUGGCAGGGCAGGCUCUGUUCUCCCAGCUGUGCGAAAAUGAUGAAUUUCCGCCCGAACCUCCAGCUCCCAGCGCCACCCCAGUUGGUCACGUGGACCUCCAGGAACAUUCACCAACACGUAAUUUAUUACAAUCAUCACAUCGAACAGAUUUAUCAGAUGUUCACAUAAAGUAUGAAGAUAUUAAAAAAGAAACAACAAUCAAGUUUGAAACGUUGCGAUCUUUCGAUCAUGAUUCUGUUAUGGAUAUGGACGCUUCUCAUAUAUCUGGACCGGAUCACUCUAUGGAAAGUCACGAAGAUGCAGAAAGAGCAAUGCAUUCAAUGAUGGUCACGCCAGAACUAAUGGGUAUUAUGCCAGGAGUAUCAGGGCGGUUAGAUCUAUCAAACGGUGAUAAUCACCAUAAAACUAAUGGACAUUCUGACCUUUUGACUAGUAGAUCACAUGGCGGGGGGCCUAAAACGUGGACACAAGAAGAUAUGGAAUUAGCUUUAGAUGCCUUAAGAAAUCAUAACAUGAGCCUAACAAAAGCUUCUGCGACAUAUGGAAUUCCCUCCACUACACUUUGGCAAAGAGCACAUCGAUUAGGCAUAGAUACUCCUAAAAAAGAGGGUCCUACUAAGUCUUGGACCGAAGAAAAUCUAAACUCCGCACUGGAGGCCUUAAGAACUGGUACAAUAUCAGCAAAUAAAGCUAGUAAAGCGUACGGUAUUCCAAGUAGCACAUUGUAUAAAAUAGCUCGUAGGGAAGGAAUUAAAUUAGCCGCUCCUUUUAAUGCCGCACCUACAACGUGGUCACCUGAAGAUUUAGAGAAAGCGUUAGAAUCUAUUAGAUCUGGUCAAUCAUCAGUUCAAAAGGCCUCGACCGAAUUUGGAAUACCAACCGGUACACUAUAUGGAAGAUGUAAAAGGGAAGGAAUUGAAUUAUCACGAUCAAAUCCUACACCUUGGUCUGAAGAUGCGAUGGGAGAAGCAUUAGAAGCUGUCAGACUUGGGCACAUGUCGAUAAACCAAGCUGCUAUUCACUACAACUUACCUUAUUCUUCGCUGUAUGGUAGAUUUAAAAGAGGAAUAAAAUAUGAAUCGGAGAAUAUAGACUCAAAUAAUUCAGAUAGUCAAUCACAUUCAGAUUCUCAAAUACUUGUGAUGGAUUACCCAAAUUCUCACCAACAAAUUCAAUACCAACAUCAUGCAAGCAGCUGAGAAUCGUUUUAUUAAUAGAUAGGUACUUUGUAAAUAUUGUUACUAGUUGAAUGUCAAAAUUUAAAUAUAGCAUAAUCUGUACAUAUUAUAUUUUAGGAUAGCAACUUUUAAUUGAGAAAUUUUUACUAUUGUUCAUGAUAGUUUUCAAGAACUGAAACGGAGCAAGCGAAGUACAAGAUUGAUAUUGUUUUUGGUCAAAUUGUAGGAAGCUUCAGGUUGUAUGAUAAAAAAUGUAAAAUAUUAGUGAUUGUAUUAUAGACUAUAUUACAGUGCAAUAUAAAAUUACGAUUUUUUACGUUUGUAUAGUUGUUGGCAGGAGUUAUAUUUAAAUGUACAUCAUUUAAUUAGAAUUUAAGACUGUAUUAUUGUACGCCAUCCUUUGUAUGAAACAUCAUUAUUUUUAUUAAGAAAUUUAUAGUACAAAAUAUCAUACCUACACAUGA